AUGGCGUUUAUUUUGGAUCUUACAUUUUCCUCUCUUCUUCCCGUGGCUUUGCUACUUCUAGCCCUUUUCUUACGGUUCUAUGCUUCUUCUAAACCCCAACAAAGGCUACCACCUUCUCCAUCAAAGUUUCCAGUUGUUGGAAAUCUUUUCAAACUCGGGCUAUAUCCUCACCGCAAACUUCAAUCAUUAUCAAGAAAAUAUGGUUCCCUCAUGCUGGUUCAUUUUGGUAGCAAGCCCGUGGUUAUUGCCUCUUCAGCUGAUGCAGCUUGUGAAAUCCUGAGAACCCAUGAUUUAGUCUUUGCUAACAGGCCUAAAACAAGCAUGAGUGAUAGGCUUCUAUAUGGCAGCAAGGUUAUCGCAGCAUCACCUUACGGUGAGUAUUGGAGGCAAGUGAGAAGUAUUUGUGUGCUUCAGCUUCUAAGUCAUAAGAGGGUUCAAUCAUUUCGAUUUGUAAGAGAGGAAGAGACUUCACUUAUGGUUGAAAAAAUUAGAAAUUUUUCGGCUUCUUCGCCACCUUUAUCAGCCAUAAACUUGAGUGAUCUUCUUAUGACACUCACAAAUGAUGUGAUUUGUAGGGUGGCCUUGGGGAGGAAGUACAGUGAUAGGGAAGAUGGAAGCAAAAGUAUGCAAAUCAUGAAGGAAUUUGUUGAGUUGUUAGGUACUAUUGAUAUAGGAGAUUUUGUUCCAUGGCUUGGAUGGUUGAGACAUCUUAAUGAUUUGGAUGAUAAAGUGGACAAAGUUGUUAAGCAACUUGAUGAAUUUCUGGAGGGUGUCAUUAAGGAGCACAAAGAUAGGAAAAAUGGAAAGGCUAACACUGAUGAUAGUAUAGAGGGAAAAGGCUCAGAUUUGGUGGAUAUCUUGCUUGAAAUUCAGGGGGAAAAGUCGACAGGCUUUAUACUCGAACUUGACAGUCUCAAAGCAAUCAUUUUGGACAUGUUCGCUGCUGGGACUGAUACAACACACACAGUUAUGGAUUGGGCAAUGACCGAACUCUUGAGGCACCCAAAAAUCUUGGAGAAAUUGCAGACUGAGGUGAGACAAGUAGCUCAAUGA